GGUGCCAAUAUUUUCGUCUCAUCUGGGGGUCUUUUGAAGCUAGGGGAUUUUGGAUCAUCCAUUAAGCUAAAAAAUCCCUUCCAGACCUGCUACGGAGAAAUCAGCAACAUCAGAGGGACAGUGGGUAAGACUUUCUUAAAAACUUAAGACUAUUAGCAAAAUAAGGCGUGAGUUUCUUAUAAGAUUUCACCACAUCGGAUGCAUUUGCCGCUCCUAGCAGUUUGUAUUGCAGGACGUUUAGAAAAUAAAAGAAAAAUUCGUCGCGGCGUGUUAACGGUCUCCAUAAAACGUCACAUAACGUUUCACCUCGUAGUCGUACAGUGACGUCAAAGAAAUGUACAAAAAAAGUGUGCUGCACGUGUUGAUUAUCUUACAAAUACGAUUCACGCUUUUUUAUCCGAGAAAUAAAUUCCUUGGCGAGACAAGUCAGACAGUUUUUUGCGCUAACAACUACAGCACCAUUUUGUAGAAACUGAAUUGAAAAAUAGCUACCUGUUUGUAUAAUUUGCCUUAAUGAUAGGAUACUUUAUUUCAGCUUACAUGGCCCCAGAAGUGAUAACGCUGGACAAGGGAGCCGGGUACGGAAGAGCAGCAGAUAUCUGGAGUAUUGGAUGUGUUGUGGUUGAGAUGGCAACCGGAAAGGUA